AUGAGCGUGGAGGGGGGCGGGCCCCUGGGGGGGCAGCUGGGGGCGCGCGGGCCCCGCUACCCGCUGCGGCCGCCGCGCCCCCGCGCCCCGCCCGCCCCCGCCCCCGCCACCGCGCCCGCCGCCCCGCCCCGGCCCUCGCCCUGGGCCGAGGCCUACGACAAGCUCACCAGCUACCACUCCUUCGACCACAACUUCGAGGACAACCUCUCCAAGAUGAAGGUCGACUACCGGACUCUGCUGGACCGCUUGUCCGGCGACGCCCCCAACCCCAACACGUGGGGGACGGUCAAGAUCAUAGACUUCGCGCACGCGUUCUUCAACGACGACGACGACGUCGAGCCGGCGGUCGACGACAACUUCAGGGAGGGCAUCGACAACUUCGUCGCGAUAUUCGAGAGCUUCCUCGCGGAGACCGAGGAGAGACGACAGGGCGGGGCCGGCCCUAGUUUCUGGAAAGUGUCCGGUAACAGCGGCAGCGUCGUCACCGCGCCGCGGCGGCAUAUCUACGAGGGCGGCAUUUACGGUAGCCAGUUCUGUGUCUGUCCAGUCGGCACGGCCACGGCUGCGAGACAAUGGCCACAAUUCACAAUGAGGAAGUUUUCAAAAUUAAUUUCAAUAUAUUAACAUCAAAUACGCACUAGGCUACUCGACGAUUUCCGGAAGAAUAUUUAAGAGCUCGACUGUGGAUCAUAUUAAACCACAACAGGAUUUAUUUUUCUCCAUAAUGAGGCUAAAAACCGAAAAAUAUAUAUAUCUAUUGGAAAAUCGAAAUUAUACAGCGAACACGAUCGGUCACGUGACAUAUCGAGCCGAGCCUCACAUUUGUAUAAUGGCGUACCGAUCGCGUCCGCAGCGGACACGUUGACGUACACGUUGAUGUACAAUUUACUUCAAUUUGAUAAGAAAUAGCUUAGAAAAUUUGCGCGGGGGGGGGGGAGCUCACUACGUCACUAUUUUGUAGAAAAUAUACAUAAAGUCACAUCACGUGACAUUUUAACUCAAUGUAUCGCUAUAAUUUAUUCAAAUGCAAAAUCCAAAAAAAAUGUGUAUUAUUUUUCAACAAUCUUUUGGACUGACAGAUAGAAAAAAAAAAUAGUUAUCAAUUAAUGAAAAAUGUUAAAAUAUUCUUAGUAGAAAAUGCUUAAAAAGGCUACUCCGAGAUGGGAAUGGAACCCAAUUGUAAGUACUGACCGUGUCCGACUAUAUGUCCGGCAGGCGCGUGCGCGUGGCGGACGCGGUGGGGGCGGGCCCCGCCUUGUAGUCGUAGGCGCAGCCGUGCACCUCCUUGUACCGGUGCGGCGCGCAGUAGCGGCCCCCGCAGCGGCAGCGGUGCGCCGUGGCCACGCUCAGCCGCCGCCGGCACAGCAGGCACCGCACGCGGCCCUCGCGCGUCUCACGGCCCCCGCCCUGCGUACACCCACCACUAUCACUGUACACACGCCGAAACUAUAGCCCGUAUAGAAUGGGCACGAAGACGUUUGUCGACAGAUCCAUUUCGCACGAUGUUUCCGACUGAUAAAUGACUUAUAACCGAUGGUUUGAUUGUGCAUCUUUUGACUAUUUAUUUAAAGUUUGCAUAUUAAAACACAAAUAAAUUUUCAAUGUCCGUUCCUGAAAUCUAACCCCCUAAAGUUUAAAAUAAAUAAGUUUUGAAUUUUAAUAGGGGUUGAAUUUAUAUAAUCAUACGCACGUCUUCGGUAAUUGUUUUGGUAAUUUUUAAUUGUUGCUACCGUAACAAAUUAAAUUUAUUAUUUAUUUAAUUUAUUCAUCUCUAAUAAAAUUUUCAAAAUUAACAUUUUAACACUAGCUUCAUUCAUUUUUCACAUAUUUAUAGUUUACUAA